UCAUAUUGUGGACCACCCCGUGCACAAUCAAUGUUUCCCGUGAGGUGGGGGGGGAUGCAUCUUGUAUCAAUGGCAAUCCUGAGUUGUUAGCUUCUCAAGUCCCCAUAAUAACAGCUGGACACAGGGCGGAGGAAGGAAGGAUGCAUCCAGGCCAGAAAUUCAACAGCUGCAAGUAGCUGCCUGAGGAAUUGUUUGAAUGCUCGCCUGCCAAACACCACCACCACCACCUCCUUGCAAGUAGAACGCUGUCUCGCGCCGCCCCUGUCGUCUAUCACGCGUGUGUUGUAUGUAAACUGACCCAAAGUGUGGCAACCUGGCGAACGGGUGAGGAGGAUUUUUACCAUACACUAGACUAGAUGCGGAUCGUGUCUGUGGUGAAAAGGUCGUCUGCAUGGGCUCGCUCGCUGGCUGACGACCUCCCCCCCGCGGGGAAUGCCUGACACCCCCCCCCCACACACACACCGCCCUUUCGCGCCUCAGGCAGCUUCUGCUCCGGAGUGACUCAGCAGCUCUUGUGCCCUGCUGACCUCUGCAAGGAGGCGGCUUGUCAGGGCGCCUCUUCUCCUUCCUCCUCCUCCCUCCUCCUCCCCACAGUGAUCUCCCAAGAGGCGGCCGCGGCAGGAGCAACCGCAACCGGCGCCGUCGCCCGACUCGAGCCCAUCCAACCGGCCUGUCCCCUCAGUCUCACCGCUGAGGCCAAUGAUGGGAGAAGCCACGGCCAGGGGUCCCCCCCGUGGGGAAAGUGACCACCAGCCCCCCCUGUUGACCAUGAAGAGGGGCUACGAAGUGCUUCGCUACCCGCACCUCAAUAAGGGCCUGGCUUUCACCUUGGAAGAGAGACAAAAGUUGAAUAUUCAUGGAUUACUUCCUCCUUGCUUUCUUAGUCAAGAUGUCCAAGUUUUAAGGGUUCUCAGAAACUUUGAAAGACAAGCAUCUGACCUGGACAGAUACAUCCUGUUAAUGAGCCUUCAGGAUCGAAAUGAAAAACUUUUCUAUAAAGUGCUGAUUUCUGACAUUGAAAGAUUUAUGCCUAUUGUUUAUACUCCCACUGUGGGUCUGGCGUGCCAACAAUAUGGUAUAGCAUUUCGGAGGCCAAGAGGGCUCUUCAUCACCCCCCAUGAUUGUGGACACAUUGCAACAUUGCUAAAAUCAUGGCCUGAGCCUGUCAUCAAGGCUAUUGUGGUGACUGACGGAGAACGUAUUCUUGGCCUUGGAGACCUUGGUUGUUACGGAAUGGGCAUCCCAGUGGGUAAACUAGCACUUUACACAGCAUGCGGAGGAAUGAAGCCCCAGGAGUGUCUGCCUGUUAUGCUUGAUGUGGGAACUGACAAUGAGGAGUUGCUAAAAGAUCCUUUGUAUAUUGGACUGAAACACAAACGAAUCAGAGGCCAAGCUUAUGAUGACCUUCUUGAUGAAUUUAUGCAAGCGGUGACUUCCCGGUUUGGAAGAAACUGCCUCAUUCAGUUUGAGGAUUUUGCUAAUGCAAAUGCAUUCAGACUCCUGAAUAAAUAUCGUGACCAGUACUGCACUUUCAAUGAUGACAUUCAAGGAACAGCAUCUGUCGCUGUUGCGGGUCUCCUUGCUGCUCUCCGUAUUACUAACAACAAAUUGUCAGAUCACACAAUACUGUUCCAGGGGGCAGGAGAGGCAGCUUUGGGGAUAGCCAAUCUAAUUAUUAUGGCCAUGGAAAAGGAAGGGACGCCUAAAGAUGAAGCUGCCCAAAAGAUAUGGAUGGUUGAUUCCAAAGGAUUGAUAGUGAAGGGCCGUGCUUCAUUAACGACUGAGAAGAAACGGUUUGCCCAUCAGCAUGAUGAGAAGAAAAAUCUAGAAGACAUUGUUAAUGACCUAAAGCCAACUGUCCUUAUAGGAGUUGCUGCUAUUGGUGGGGCUUUUACAAAAAAUAUUCUCAAGGAUAUGGCUUCUUUCAACAAGCGGCCAAUUAUUUUUGCUCUCAGUAACCCAACCAGCAAAGCAGAAUGUUCUGCGGAAGACUGCUACCAUCUAACGGAGGGACGUGGCAUUUUUGCAAGUGGAAGCCCUUUCAAUCCUGUCACUCUUCCGGAUGGACGCAAAUUUGUCCCUGGACAGGGUAACAAUGCCUAUGUGUUUCCAGGAGUUGCUCUUGGAGUCGUUGCAUGUGGAAUGAAACAUAUAAGUGAAGAAAUUUUCCUCACUACUGCAGAGGUUAUAGCUCAGCUGGUUUCACAGGAGCAUUUAAAGGAGGGACGUUUGUAUCCACCAUUAUCUUUGAUUCGAGAUGUCUCUUUGAAAAUUGCUGUGAAAAUUGCAGAGCAAGCCUACAAGGACAACACAGCCACUUUCUAUCCUGAGCCAGAAGACAAGGAAGCAUUCAUCCAAUCACAGAUUUAUAGCACUGACUAUGAAAGCUUUCUGACAGACUCUUACACCUGGCCUAAAGAAGCCAUGAAAAUACAGACUGGAAAGUUUUAACACAAAAGAAGUAUUUCAACAAUAUUGAAAGCACUCAUAUAUUUGCUUAUAGUUCUCUUUUGUUAAGUCAUCUGUUGUCAAAACUCAGGAUACAUUUGUUCUCCUUUUAAAAAGCACUGUAAGCUAAUUAAUUAAGCUAAAAUAGUACAGUUAUAUAAGAAUAAAAAUUUGUUUAGGCACUCUUUCUGGCAUUUUUAAAAUAAGCUAGGCUGUGUUCAUUAUUGACAAAUAUGUAGAAAUGUACUUUGACAUCUGUGUGAAAUUAUGGUUCUGUAUUACUCUUGCUACAGUCUUGAAGCAUUAUUGCAACCAAGUGACACAACAAUGUAUUGUCAACAAAAGCAUUUAAAAUAUGGUUUAGUAUAUCUGUUAAUAUUUUAUUAAGGGAAAGGAAAUAGAAAUAGUAUGAUAAACAGCUAAAUAAAUGCCUCUGACCAGAAGUUAUCUGAUAUCAGAAUGUUCCAAAUCAAAA